AUGGCCAAAGACGCUAUUUUUUCAACUUCUUCUCCAUCUUCACCUGCAAGUUACAAAGGAUCAUGGCAGGUUGAUGCGUUGGUUGACGUUUUGCCGUCAUCUACCGUCGACGAGGAUCGGAGUUCAUGUGGCACUGUGAUGACCAUUAGGAACGAAACGAUUUUCAGUCAGAUUCUUCACAUCAAUAUUGACCACUACUCCGGAUGGAACGUUCGCUUCGCCUUCUCCAAUGAUAAACGACUCAUUGCCGACGGAUGGGUGCUCUACCAGGUGAAUGCCACAGCAGACUAUCCCGCGACAAGGAGUCUCUUUCCGAAUCCGCCAGGCUCUGAAGAGGCGAUACUGCCGAAACGUCAGCUGGUGUUGUAUUGUAUUGUGUUUCUCUAUGGAGGUAAAUGUAUGCUGUUUAAAAACCUCGCGAUUACUGAACAAGAAAACGACGCAUUCAUAUUCCAAUGCCGAGACACCCUUUACAACUAUUUUCAACCGAUUAAUCUGGAGAAGCCACCGAAACUGCUCGACGCAGUUUCCGCCCAUUUGAACAAAUCAUUCUACUGCACGUCAGCGCAGAGGUUUUGGAUUAAUAGUGACACCAAACAAGGCCCUUUAGCUUCAUUCAAAAUUUCCUAUCUUCAAGUGGAAUCCUUCAAAAAGACCGUUGCGAAGAGCUCUAAUAUAUUCGAUCCAAAUUUUGUGAUAGACGGUCGUUUAACUGUUGAAUCCGAUCUGGUGCUCGCUGUGUCAGAGAAUGGAUUCAAACUAUCGUCACUGUCAAAUGGAUUUCUUCCUAUCGUCUUCGAAUCCAUUGAUGUACCUCGCUUAGUGCGAAGUUGUUUAGUCGAUACGAUUAUUCGAAAUCUGUACUUACAAGAUCUUAAACUAGCCGCGAAAAAAGACAAAUGGAUUUAUGACGUAAUGAGCGGUGAAAAAACGUUCUCCACUCCACGCCAGAUAACAAAAUCGUGCUUUGCUGUGAUUGCAGAAGAGGGCACACGUCCGGCUUUUCACUAUACGACUCGAAACAAUGCACAUGGUAGCUGUGUCGGCAAAGAAAGUGCACCGCCGGCAGGUGUAAUGCUGUAUCGCAUGCGCUGCACUUACUCACCUGCAGUACCUGCACACUGA